CCCCGGCGGCCCCGGGCGCGGCCUUACCCUCCCGGCCCGACAUGGCUCCGCUCGCUCCGCCCGCUCCCGCCGCUUCCGCCGCCGCUUCCGCCGCCGCCGCUUCCGCCGCCGGGCCGGGGCAGAAUUGUGAGUACCUAAGGCACAAACCACAUCAUGCAAUCACUGCUCUGCUGAAGCACUAAAUUCCUCUGAAGUUAUUCCUGCUGUUACUGGAUCUGCACAUGAUUGCUCUUCACGCUGUAGGUGAAUUAGGAAUCAAGAAGCAUGAAGCAUGGUGGGAGCACCUCCUAACAGAAAAUCAGGAAUCUUUAGCACAAUUGCACUUCGUUGAAAAUUGUGGAAAGUUCUCUGGUGAUUAAAAUUAAGACAUGGGGCCCAUGAAAUACACGUCAAGUGUGUCCUCAGUGUCCUGUGGUCUGCAGUAUCACCAUUCACUGAUGAAGUGGAGUCCAAAAGUGAAUUUACACGUGGUGAGGACUUACUGCCCAUCAGCGCCCAAGAGGCCCGAAGCCAAGUCUGCAGUGGAAAUGGCCAUGGGUCUCCUUCAUCGGAUCACAGAGUCAGGGACUGUUUUGGGAAAAAACUCCCUCCAAAAAGUGUCUGCAACAUGCAGGAAUUGGUGGGACAGAUACGAAGAAUUUGUUGGAAUCAAUGAAGUUCGAGAGGCUCAGGGAAAAGUGACAGAGGCAGAAAAUGUCUUUAUGGUAGCUCGAGGGAUAGUACGAGAGGCUCGUGAGAAUGUAGAAGCCCAGCAGAUUAAACUGAAGGAAAUUCGGGAUCGCUUAGACAGGGUCUCUCGGGAUGACACCCAGUAUUUAGAACUGGCAACUCUGGAGCACAGGUUGCUGCAGGAAGAGAAGAGGUACCGAGCUGCAUAUUUAAAUGCAGAAGAAUCUGAGAGAGAAAAAUUCUCUCUCUUCUCUGCAGCUGUCAGGGAAAGCCAUGAGAAAGAGCGCACAAGAGCUGAAAAAACGAAGAACUGGUCUAUUAUUGGCUCUGUACUGGGAGCCAUUAUUGGGGUUCUUGGUUCCACCUAUGUCAAUCGAGUAAGGCUGCAAGAAUUGAAAGUGUUGGUGCUUGAAGCACAGAAGGGCCCGAUAAAUUUACAAGAAGCCAUCAAAGAACAGGCCUCCAGCCAUUACUUGCAGCAGAAAGAUCUCAGUGAUGUCAUAGAAGACCUAAAAAAUGUGCUGCAAACAACUGCAUCACGGGGAGUGAAAGAAGGGGCUUUGUUAACUAGAGAAACCAGGAAUGACUCCAUAAAAAUAGAUUCUCUUUUAAUGCCUUUAAAUGAACAGCUGAACUACAUUAAACAAGUCAGUUCAUGUCUAGGGAGUUUACAGCAGCAGUUUAACAGUCUGCAGGAAAGCAUCACCCAGGUGCUGUCCGAGCUGCAGAGUGUCAAGCUCGCCAUCCACUCCCGACCUACAGAAAGAGUGAUGCCAAGGCCUUCAGGGGAGGGCAAGGGCCAGGCUGCUGCUGUGAGAGAUGUGAUUUUGGAAUUGUGUGAUACCGAGCGGAGACUGGAAACGCAAAUCAAGAGAAGUUCUAUUUACAGCACUGCACUGACAUGUGCUAUGUUUGCCAUUACUCUGCCUGUACUCUAUAUCAUACUAAAAGGGAACUGAUCCCUAAUGAAUUGCCACAACUUAUUAGAUUAAUAAGGGUAAACUUGCACUCUAAGUACCUGGAGUACAAGUCCAAAUAAAGCUGCUGUAGUGUUUCUCAUUA